AUGAAUAGUCAAUAGAUUGUUGCUUAAUUAUAAUAUCAAGUUGAAGAAUGUCUUGUAGAUAUUUAAUAAUAAAUAGAUGUAAGUUAUUGAAAUAUAUUUAAUGAUUAGUCUUCUUUCAGCAGAAUUGAUGCUUUUCUUGAUUAAGUCAUUGUUGUUCCUUAGCUAUCUGUUGCUCAUAAAAAUGUUAAUUAUGUACUUCCAGCUGUUUAAUUAUAACCAUUUAUAUAAACCUUAGCCAAUUCAAUUAUUCAAGAAGUUAAACCAAUAAUCAAUUUAACUAUUCAUCAACAAAUUGAAUAAAAUCAACUUUAACUCACUCAAUUAUAAACCAAAUAAAUACAAUAAUAAGAUCAAUAAAAACAUUCAAUAACCAAUAAUCUAAAUCCAUUCACUUAUUAUCUAUUAUACAAUAAUUCAAUUUAAUAAAAUGAAUAUUGUUAUGCAAUAGCUAUUAAUAAAGAUAACACAAUUGUAUUAGCUGGGUGUAAUAGAUAGAUCAAAGUAUUUGAAUUCAAAUAAGAAUAGUUGAAACAAACUUAACUUCUAAAUGAACAUUAGAAUUUUAUUAUUACUUUAAAUUUUAUGAAGAAAUAGAAUCAAUUUAUAUCUGGAGAUGUUGGUGGAUUGAUUAUAACAUGGUCUAUGAAUCAGAAUAGUCAAUGGAUAUUUUAAUAACAAUUAAAAGAACAUUCUAAAUGUAUUAAUUGUUUAGUAAUUAACAAUAAUGAAGAUCUUAUGAUAUCAGGAAGUGAAGAUAACAAAAUUAAAUUUUGGUAAAAGUAGAAUCAAUGGUUAUGUUCAUAAACUAUUACAGAUCAUACAGACUAAUUAUUAGCAAUAAGUUUGAAUGACGAAUAGAAUAGAGUGAUAACUAGUGGACGGGAUAAAUUAAUAUUAAUAAUACAACGGACAUCUUAGGAUUCAAAAUGGAAUGUAAUAUAAAAGAUAUCAGUUGAAGAAUUUGGUCGUAGAUUAUGUUUUAUUAAUGAUAAUGUUUUCGCAUUUUAACCUAAUUGUUAAGAGUAGAUGGAUGUAUACGAGAUGAGUAGUACCAAUAAAUAGUAUUCAAAGACAAAAUAAAUUGCUGUUAUAUGUAGUCAGAGUUGUUAAUAUUGGUUUCCUUUAUAAUACAUAAAGUAGAAAUGUCUGCUUGUUAAUAAGAAUGGAUAAUAUGUUAAUUUAAUAAGGAAGAACCAAAAUGCUGAUUUUAUAACUCAAUAAACUAUUGAUUUUGGGCAUGAUUAUUUAUUUGGAUAAAUGAGUGAAGAUGGAAAUUAUUUGAUUACUUGGGAUUACAAAUCUAAGCAAAUUUAAAUUAGAAAUUAUCAAUAGAAAUGA